AUGCCUACAUUGACGGCCAUCUAUAACGACCAAGCGAUUCUUCGACAGCGACAAGAUCGCCCCAAACUCAAACUGUCCGACUUCAACAUGUUACGCACCCUAGGCACUGGCUCUUUCGGCCGUGUUCAUCUUGUACAGUCGCGUGUCAAUGCUCGUUAUUACGCUAUCAAAGUGCUAAAGAAAUCCGAAGUGGUCCGACUCAAACAAAUUGAACACACCAAUAAUGAAAAGCACAUCUUGGAGACCGUCGCUCAUCCCUUCUUGGUCAAUAUGUGGGGGACGUUUCAAGAUGCCAUCAAUCUAUACAUGGUGAUGGAUUACGUCGUCGGUGGUGAACUCUUUUCCAUUCUUCGUCGAUCCAAGCGUUUCCCGGAUCAUGUGGCUAAAUUCUAUGCCGCUGAAGUCAUUUUAGCCAUUGAAUACCUGCAUUCGAAAAACGUCAUUUAUCGAGAUUUGAAACCAGAGAACCUACUCUUGGACAGUCAAGGACAUAUCAAAAUUACAGAUUUUGGAUUUGCAAAGCAUGUACCCGAUAUCACCUGGACUCUAUGUGGUACGCCUGAUUAUUUAGCGCCUGAAAUUAUUCAGUCCAAAGGUUAUGGUAAAGCAGUCGAUUGGUGGAGUUUAGGUGUUUUAGUAUUUGAAAUGUUGGCAGGUUACCCUCCUUUUUACGACGAUGAUCAUUUAAAGCUUUAUGAAAAGAUUCUUGCGGGCCGCGUGAAAUACCCACAAUACUUUAUACCCAACUCGAAAGAUCUGUUGAAACGCUUGUUGACGGCUGAUUUGACCAAGCGUUAUGGUAAUUUAAAGGACGGCAGUGAAGAUAUCAAACGACAUCCUUGGUUCCAUGGCGUGGAUUUCAAUCGAGUGCUGGCUCGACACAUCAGACCCCCUUACGUUCCUACGGUGCGUGGCGAUGGAGACGCCAGUCAUUUUGACAGAUAUCCAGAGACAGACGAACAAUAUGGGGAUGACACCUCAGCAGAUCCUUUCCGACAUUUAUUUCCAGACUUUUAA